AAAGACAACAAAAUUUCAAUUUUCCGCGGAAUCAAAUCAACGAUCAAAAACAUGUCUUCAUCUGAACUCAACUUUCCCGCCUCUGAAAACCCUAGCAGCAAAUGGCGAUUCACAUGGGAAGCUCAAUCUCACGUUUCAACUCUCCGAUUAAUCGUUUUCAAUCCCAAUAUCAAACCCUCGUCUCAAUGCAACAAUAUCUGUAUCAACUUAUCUAUGGAGCAAUCUUUGCUCACUAUCAGCUUCUUCGAACCGGAACUGAAACCCGAGACUUUAAUUAGGGUUCCAGUUCCUCGGGUCUUAAUUGACCCGGAAUCUCCGGUUCAUUCUAGAGCGUUCGAUGAUCAUAUUGAAGUUAAAUUUUCUCUUCUUAUUCCUGUUGAUCAUCCGCUCAUGUCGGGCUUGGAUUUAUCCGAACCGGAAGAAAAACGGGCCUCAGAUACAUUAUUUCCAUUCUCCGUGAAUUAUGAAAUGAAGAACUUAUCUGCUAUGGAGGAAGUCCAUUUUUACUGCAGAAGUUGCUCGACUAAGUUAACCAGGGCUAUCAGAUUAUUUAACGAGAUGCCAUCAGUUUACUGGCAAGAUGUUGCAGACAAUUGGUUUGGGACAUGUUGUUGCUCGUUUGGUGGUAUAAGUGAAAAGCUGGUCAAGGAAUUUGCAAAGUCAUAUUCUUGUACAACAGGUGUUUGCCUUAUAACUGGCGCAUCUGUUAUUAUAUGCAAAGAGGACCUCAUUGGAUGUGAAUUUCCUGAGCCGAAUAGGGACCAAACUUAUCAUUCUCAGGUCAAUUCAGCCGAGACGACUUGUUUAACCAGAGAUGCACCCUGCAAAAGUGAACAAUCAAGAAAGGUAUGCCGCAACUAUCCAGGCGCAGGAGAGGGAGUUGAUGAGAUUAGCGUUGUUCGUCCUAUAGAAGAAAAUAUUGGGGCGAAACAAAACAAUGAAGUUGCUGAAAAGGUGUUAAAUGGUGAUAGUUCAACCUGCAUGCCUUUACAGUUGAAGGAUGAAGACAAAAUGCAGUCAUUGGCUGGAAUUUCUUCAGAGGCAAACUGCCACACUAGAAAGCAGAACAAUGGCUGUUGUACGAGUAAUCUAUGUGAAAUGGAGAAAGAAUAUGAAAUGAAUAUUGAACUCUUAGAUAAGCAGAAAAUAUUUCUUAAAGGCUGCCUUGGGGAUGCUUUUAUGUUGAGACCUUCCAAUCUUUCCAAUGAUGUUAAGUGGAUUGAAUUUCUCUGUCCUAAAUGUUCAUCUCUUAUUGGAUCAUAUCCUUGCUCCAGUGAUAAUGCACCAUUGGAUGAUGGAGUUCGGCUAUACAAAUAUAACAUAUCUACUUGUUUGCCUGUUUGUGGGUUGAAUGAUCCAUUUAGGAACUAUACUUUGGAAAGGAUGUUUACACGUCAAUUGCUUGAAGCUGCACAAGAUGAACUAUCAUUUCGGACUGUUGUCAGAGAUAUGCACACCAAAAGUCCACUUUCACAAAUUGUUCUCCUAAACCCAAAUGCUUGGUCUUAUAGUGGAUGUUGCAUGCAUGAUAUGGAACCAGCUGCUAAGAUCAAUAUGUACCCGAUUGUCAAGCUAUUAUUCUCUGCGAAUAUCAAGGACAUGGAACUUGAACCCAGAAAAGUAGAAGAGUGGGUGACCAAGAAUCAAACAGAUGAAGUUUACAUUUUGCCAUCUCAAGUGACAGAACUAAUUACAAAUUUGGAGAUGGCAACUAAAAUGUGGCCACCGUCACAUAUGCUGUUGCAGGGUUUCUAUAUGUCAUCCUUGAAGAGAUAAAGGGUAAGUCGUUUCAAUUUCGCUCGAACGAUCAUUGUAACCGAGGAGGAAUUCGUAUGUACAGUACAUGUUCUGACGUUAGAAGCAUUGGCCUGAAACAGUGGUCUCACUAGUUGAGCAUGUUAACACCCUAGCCUUACGAGUAAGCAGUAAGUUUUGACAAUCCCACACCAAAUUGUACCAAUUUAUGUAUUGUGAUUGAAUAAUUAAUAGAUACCCUCCUUGGUUUA